GACGCCAUUGGGCUACACUAGCACGUGACAGGGACAGAUGGAGAUGUUACUGACGCCCGCUCGAGCAACUCGAUGAUUCACGGGAAGUCAAGUGAUCAAGUGAUUGUCUAGUGGGACAGUCCCCACCGCUCCCCUGGUGCCAGCAGGUGAAAUGGAAAACCAAGUCCCGUCUUCGACUUCAAAGCCUGACGCUCCUCCUGCCUACAGCCCCUACGUCCCAGGGCCCCCGGGUUCUGCUUUGCCCCCCGCCACAAGCUACCCUGCAGGUCUGCCUGCCGUCUACUACAGUGCCCAGCAGCCCACCACCUUCCCCUUGCACCAGCCGGGCAACUCCGCUCCCAUCCAGUACCAGCCCGGAAGAUACCCGGAGCCAAGAAACGCGGCUUCAGUGCCAUGGAUGCCCAGCCCGACUCCCAUGCCAGGCUGUCCUCCUGGCCUGGAAUUGUUAACCCAGUUGGAUAACAUUCACAUCCUUCAGCAUUUUCAACCCAUAGAAAGAAUAAUCAACUUCGAAGCUAAUAACAGAUACGAUGUUCGCAACCAGGAGAACCAGAUGGUGUACGUGGUGUCAGAAGACACGGACGACUACACCAGGAAUGCCUACAAGAGCCUGAGACCCUUCGUGCUGCGGGUCACGGACGCGCUGGGUCGGGAAGUGAUGACCAUGCAGAGGCCUUUCAAGUGCACAGUCUGCUGCUACUGCUGCUGCCCGAACACGCGGCAGGAGAUGGAGGUGCAGUGUCCCCCGGGUGUCACCCUGGGCUUCAUCCGGGAGCAGUGGCAGCUGUGCCGGGCACUUUUCAGCAUCCAGAACGAGAAGAGAGAGGCCGUGAUGAGUGUCCAAGGGCCCUGUUGCAUAUCGUGCAACUGCUGCUCCGACGCUCCCUUUGAGGUGAUAACUAAGGAGGGCGUGUCCACCGGCAGCAUUACUAGGAAGUGGACCGGUAUAUUGACCGCCUCGAUGGACGCCGAUCACUUUGAAGUCGACUUUCCCUUAAGCCUGGAUGUGAAGAUGAAAGCCCUGAUUUUUGGUGCCUGCUUCCUCAUUGACUUCAUGUAUUUUGAACGAUCUGCACAGUCUCACCACCAAGCAAACACUCAUCACCAUCAUUAGAUGGAAGCAUCCAAUGAACAAUUAUUAUGAAUUAAAAAGAAGAAAACAGAUACCUUUGAUUGGGUUUAUAGACAACCUUUGGUGACAUGUUUGCUUUUCACGUUUGAAGUUUUUUUUACUGGGGAUUAGUUUUGACAGGUAAGCUUAAAGAUUAAGUUCAAGAAUGUAGUUUCCAUUGAGUAUCUGUCUACUUGUCUCUAUGGUAGACCUUGGUGAGCUUCCUGUAAAAGCUGUGUCCAGUGAUCAGGUAAACACAUACACUGUGAUCUGAAAAUGCUUGGGCAUGAGCUAAGGGGAAAAUGAGUCCCAGUUCACAUUAAUAGUAAGUGAAGUAGGAAACAGUUUCAUUAUUGCAAUCUUUGUUGAAAUCGAGUCCUCAUUCAGCUUAAUCUCUAACCCACUUCUGUCUCUCACCAUCUGCUUGGUCUCUUACCAAAGAUAAGUUAGAUCCCAGCUGCAAAAGAAUAAUGGUUUUCAUCUUUUCAAAAUCAAAGCAUGGCGGGCAAAGUGCUGUUUUAUUGUGGAAGGAAAAAUAGAAUUGGGUACAUGUAUUGGAAUUGUAUUUUGCAAAGGUUUCUAUGAACAGUUUGCUUUUAUUAUAAAAUAAGCAUGCUUUUGCAUCUUAAGUGUCCUUGGCUAAUUAUCAGAUUCAAGAACAUGGAAAAUCAGAAAGUGCCUGUAUAGGAAGAGAGGGUUGCACUAUUUUAUAAAGUGCUGAUCAGUGUAAAGCCAUUGUAGAAGUCCAGGUAGAAUAGCAGCAGCCUAUGAGAAGCUGCUUCAUCCCUUUGAGAAACUUGUAUGCGCCAGCGAGAUAAGACAGCAAGCAGAGUGCUUGCCAUGCAUGUGACUGAUCUGGAUUCCAUCUCCCAUAUCCCGUAUGGUUCUCUGAGCACUGGAAGAAGUGGUCCUUGAGCACAGAGCCAGGAGUAAGCCCGGAGCACCACUGGGUGUGACCCAAAAACAAACAACAAAGGAAAAAAACUUGCAAGAAUCUGUUUAAUCUCCUUGACUAACAGGUGCCUUGAAUAUACACAAUUCUCUAAGAUUACCUAUUGAGCUUGUGGGUCACAUUUGAUUUAGCAUAAAGGAGUUAAUUGAGCCUUUCUAAAGAAUAAAUGAAUCACAAGACCCCCACACUCACUGUGCUGUUCUAAAGGUCCAAGAGUUGGUUUUGCUUCUAAACUUUUCAAAUGUAACCAUCUGUAUAACACUUUGUCAAAGACAAAAGGACAAAGUGCUUGGGAAUCCUGCUUGUCUGCUUGGAAAUACUACACCAGCAGCUUAGAAAUAUUACCGUGACAGCUUAGAAAUCUCUGUCAGUACAAAGGACAUAAGAAAACACAGCCACUAUCACUUUUCUGUGGCCUCCAGUUAAUCAAUAAAGAACGUAUAGGGUUAUUAAAUGUAACAGGCAUGUUUUUAGACUGUUGAAUUCAAAGCCUUGUGUGCUAGUGAACCCGCAGUGUGCAACCACGCUGCCUCCAUCCCACUUCAAUAUCUUACCUGGAUGUGAAUUAUGUUUCUUUUGACAUAUUGAGUGUGUAGGAUAAAAUGUGUCCUUCUCCUGGUCUUUGUCCAAUGUUCUUGUGUGUGAUUCCUCAGAGACCAGUCUUUCGGGUCUCAGUUCUUAUUGAACUGGAAAGAAGGUGUUUAGAAAAACUCCAUCUUAUUAUGGAAAAUGUUGCUUUACUCCAUGUUUUACAAAGUUUGUUUUUAUGUGCUACUGAUUGCAUUUUUUAAAAAAGUAAAAAAACUAGUAGAAGCUACUGGUUUCUGCAAUGAAUUCCUUUUAUUUUAAAAUGUACUUGAGGCCUUAAAUAGACAUAUAUAUAUAUAUAUAUACAUAUAUAUUACCUUAUAUACUGUAGCUUCAAAUUUUGCAUAGAAAAUCUGUCAAAUGGUAUUCAGAAGUUUAUUGAUAUAGCUUUCUCAUUAAUACUUGCACUUAUCACUGCACUUCAAGUUCUGCUACAUAAUAUUGAAAAUUUAUUUUGCCGAAAUGACAUUUUAAUUUGUUCAGUGUUUUAUGUGAUAUUAACAUGUCUUUGUACAGUUAUUUCUCUUUAUGUAAAAGUGUCUAAUGAGUCCAUGAGUUUUAUACUAUACUUUGUAUUAUAUUUCUCCAUGGUACUGCACUGCAUAAAAUCAAUCAGAUUCCUUCAGAAACGAUUUAUCCUCUGAGCUAUAUAUGUUGCUAAGUCUCAUCGUAUGAUUUUCACUUUCUAAUAAAUAUAAGAUGGCUUUGUA